GCCUUCGCGCUCAACUGCUCGUGGCGCGGCGCCUACACGCGCUUCCCGUGCGAGCGCGUGCUGCUCGGCGCCUCCUGCCGCGACUACUUGCUGCCCGACGUGCACGACGGCGUGCGCUAACGGCUGUGCCUGCAGCUGCUGCCGCUGCGCGCCGAGCCCGCCGCCGCAGCCCUAGAGUCCCCCGGGCCCACUGAGUGCGUGGAGUUCGCCGCCGAGCCUGCGGGCAUGCGGGAGAUCGUGGUGGCCAUGACGGCGGUGGGCGGCUCCAUCUGCGUCAUGCUCGUGGUCAUCUGCCUGCUCGUGGCCUACAUCACCGAGAACCUCAUGCACCCGGCCUUCGGGCGCCCCGGUCUCCGCAGGCAGCCCUGAAGCUCCAGACGGCCGCCCGCCGGGGCUCUGUCUGCGACACACGCGCGGGAGGCUCCAGGGCCCUCCGGCCACGCCGCUUCUCAUUCCUGCGCCCUCCUUCGGAUCUCCACGCAGGGCCGGCACGGGAUGGAUCGGGCACCGGCAGCCGCGCCAGGGCCUUGGAUUCGUCGCACCACCUUCCCAGCGGGGCAUCCGCCUCCCGGAAUCCAGCUCGGGACUGGCCCUUGGCCCUGGACGGGGGUGCCAGCGGCAUCCAGGGCUCUUCCUGCCCCCCAGAGGCCGUUAUAGGGGCCGCCAGGACAUAGAGCCCCUUCUCGCAAGAGCCAUUGGCACCCCGUGUCGUCACCCUUCACCUCCAGCCUGUGCCGAGUUGGAAAAACCAGGCUGUCGUCAUCGCUCUGUCACUGCGCUUUGCCGGCGGGAGGCCCCCUGGAGCUUGUCCUGUCUCCGCCCCACCCCAGUGGGCUUAGGUUAGCUUCGUGCCUUAGUAUCUCGGGCCCACUGCCGUGCCAACCACCUGUCCUGUGCUGUCCAAGGGGGUCUGUGACGCUGAGACUGGCCGGCUGUGUGUGCUUUUGGCCAGAUUCUCCCUGGCCAGAUUCACCCCCCCCUACUUCAAGUUUUGCAAGGAGAGUCGGUAAGCAGUGUCCUGUGGUGUGUCCCUACGUGGGUGUCUGACAAGCUAGGAGCCACUUGCAGCUCAGCAAGCGGGGCCUGCUGUCCAGCUGCUCCGGGGGUGAGUGUCCUCUGACCUUGGGAGAAGCUGGCAGUUCUCCAGGGCUGGGUGUCCUCAAGUGCUGCCUCUGAGGAAGACUGUUUGUGGCGAGCGGGGGCGAGUGGCUGGGAAGAGGGGGCCUGGUGCGAAAGGGCAGCGUUGGGUCCGAGGGCAGAUCAGGUGUCGGCCUUGCCGAGCUGCACCUUCCACUGUGGUCUCCAUCCCGAGCCUCAGCCACAGCACGAUGGACAGCACCACCCAGCCCCCCCUGUGCUGGGGACCAGGAGCCCAGAAUCUGCCCACAGCGCCGCUGCCCACUCACCCGCUGUGGACUGAAGGCUGGCCUUGCCCGUCCCUGGGCAGACCUAGGCACCCUGGCCAAGCUUGCUUCCUGUGCUGACCGCCUGGCAAUGCUGGGUGCCGGGAGGGUGUGGCCAGCCUGGUCCCCAUGAGCCCCUGACUGACCACCCUGGACCUGGCAUUUCUGGAGUCACUGUGGCUAACCCCCCACCCCCAGCGGCGGCCAGCACCCCCAGGCCCUGACGGGGGCCCCUGCAGCGCCCACUCCCCACCCCUGUCUGCUCUGCUCCCCCUGGCGCAGCGUGGGUCAGGCAUGAGCCGGGCACCUGCAUCUGAAUGUCCAUUGUUCUUAGACCACGA